AAAGUAGAAAGUCGCAUAAACAUAAUACAUAUAAAAGGAAAAAUAGCAGAAAAGGAACUCCUAUUCAAUCUGUAAAUUGUUGGCGUCAAACAGAUUUAUCAACAUGAACCCAUAUUCUGUCAAAAAUAUCGAUUCAAUGCGCGCGCAUCCAAUCUCUGCAGUUGAAACUGAGGUAUUGGUUAUAAAGUUCGUUUCAUUUGUGCCAUGUAACUGAGCUUUCGAGUAAACUAUUGGAUUUUGCAAUAAAUUGGAAUAGCAGAAAAACCACUUGAGUAAUUGUUUAGCUGACAAAAGAGAAUAAAUAUUUAACCCACGGACAUUUGAUCUGCAAUAAUUGUGAUAAAACGUUUCCGACGAAAAGGUUGUUUCUUUAUUUAAUUAUUUAAGUGAAGUGAAUGUUUGUGAUGGAACUAUAAUAUUGGAUUCACUUGAGACAAUGAUAAAAUCCAUUUCUACCACCAAUUCGUAACCAUAAAUCAACCAUUCAAUUGAAUUUAAUUAAUUAAUUUGAAUGAAUCGAGGGUAUGCUGCAUCAUGUCAUGACUAGGUCAGUUACAUAAUCAAUAAUUUUUCGCACAUUAAAACAACACACACAGGGGGAAAAGUGUGAUUACAUAAAAAAGUGAGAAACUUUAUUGGACCAUAACGAUGUUCAGGUAGCUUUGAUAAAUAUUGUGAGUGUGUAUUCAAGUGAACAGUUAGUGCAAAACACGAUAUAAUGGGGAAAAAGAAAAUACCAGUCGAGGAUCUGGUUGUACCGCCACAGGAUCAACGUAUUUGUGGAACGAUAUGCAUAUGUCAAAUGACUUUAGUUUUGAGUUCGGUGGCAUUGGUUUAUUUAACUGUUGCCAUUUACAUGCCAGCUACCAGAGCAUUUAAAAGCCAAAUAAGCGAAGUUCCGGUAAUGUGUACAACAACGCGCAGUGUGACUCGUGACAAUUGUGAAUGGGGAUCGUGCGGAGAAUGGUGUCUAAGUAAAACAUCGGGUAGUUGCAUCCAGAUCUAUGUGAAUUUACGGAAUAACGGCAGUAGUUUAACGUUUGCCAAUUGUUCGAAUUCGGCGAAUAAGACUUGUUACGGUAUUGACCAGGAAAAUGCCAAAAAAGCCAGAUGCAUAGCGGAUGAGUGUAAGAAUCUAACUGGAACGUUUAACUGUACGACGGGAAUGUGUAUCAAUAUAACGGAUGCAUUCGAAUGUGUGUUUCAUAAUACUGAUCCACCAAUGAAGUGUUCCGGUCGUAGAGGGAAAAUAACGUGCAUCGAUAUCGAUGGACUGUUUUCGUGUAAUCGUGGAACUUGUAGAAAAAUCCGUACGCCAUAUAAUUGUGAUCGACGGUGCGUCGAUAUUCCAACAAGGAAUAAAAAUUUGGUGUUGCUAAGUGGUGAUAAAGUGUAUCUGUCGCAAUGUCAAAGUGCAUUCGAUAUAGAGACGAAAAAAGAGAUUUGGAAUGAGUCACAGGACAAUGUUCUGAUGGCUUCAUGUUUUACUAUUACCAAUUCGUCAGGCUCCACUGAUAGUUACGAUAGUUUUGAUGCAUUCGAUUGCAUUAAUGGAUCUGUGUUGGAUAAGGGCGAAUUGACCGAUUUAACUAAUUUUACAUACCUUAGCUAUCUACAUGUGGCUGUCGCACAACCGGUUAAAACCAUCGCUCCGCUGGACAUCGAUUUAACCAUAGCAAACGAAUCACGAUUGAUGAUAAACUUAGAAGGAUGUGUAAAUACUUUACGGGAUGAGUGCAAAGAGUUUUUACGUGAAUAUGGCAAAGACGGCACCGAUCACAAUGCCCGUGCCAGAUUUCCAUGCUUUUUUUCGAACGAUAAUGUUAACAUUGUUGUAUCCCGAUUCGAUUUGGAGACAACUUACAAGCAAUUUUUGAUAGCAUCAGUGGUCCCGUCUUGUUUGUUUGUUGUUUCGUGUACGUGCUUAGUAUUGUGCCAGCGUACUGUGCAUGUCGGAGACGAUGCAAAAAUGCGAUUCAAAGGCUGUACGGGAGGUGCAGCCGUUCCUGGAUCGAAGAGUAAUCAAGACAAUAUGGGAGAGGCUGGAGGUGGUGAUAAUGUUAUGGCGCUUUGAGAUCCAUCCCGCAUUCCUCUGCUUCAAGAAGACAGUCCAGUACAUCAGGCUGGAGUUUUCUCGCUUCAAUAAAACACACGAUUUAUUGCUAUAGAUUUUGAUGAAGAUAUUCUCUCAAAAAUUUCAAAAACAAUUCACAAUUUUAAAAUUUGCUUUUAUAUCAACCAAAGAACCCAACAAUCAUUCAACACACAAAGC